AUGACCCCAGAUACUUUUACGAGCACAGUCAACUUUAAAAACGCAGCAGUUACUACUAAAACUUACAAGGAAGUUAAAGAGGGCCCUCCUACGUGGCAAAGCAGAAGACUAGUACCAGAGAAUAUAAAAAUAUCUUCGGCUGAACUCAGACACGUUAGCAACGUUGAUCAUAGCCCAAAACAUAAGGAUUUAAAGAAAUACAAUAAGCUGCGCUACAAAAGUGGAAAUGAUGUAGGCUGGUACACACAAAGCAGUUUAAUAACAAGUUCUUCCAAAGAUCAAAGCCUUAUUAGAAGUUAUCCGUUGCCUACAUCACAACUUUUGGGCAACUCGGCGAAUACAAAUGAAGUUGAUCUUUUAAGUAAUAAGCAAACGUUUAUAGAUGAAGUCCAAAAUACUGCAGAUUUGAACUACAACACAAAUGAAAAAACUGGAGAGGGAAAUUUCUAUAAAACUGCUCUACCUGAAGAUAAAUCUUUAAACUUGCUAAAACCUAAUCUGAACUGGUUGUAUACUCCAUUUUCCUUUUGGUUUAUUGAAAACGUUUCAAGUCAUAUGAGCUUUGAAGCUUUUGAAGAAAAUCUAAAGUUAGUAGGCGACAUUUAUACGGUGGAAGACUUUUGGUCAUAUUACGGUCAUAUGAAGCGGCCUAAGGACCUAAAAAUACUAAGUGACUAUCACUUAUUUCGUAAAGAAGUUAGGCCUGUCUGGGAGGAUGCUAAUAACCGAUAUGGAGGUAAAUGGAUUAUUAAAGUGAAGAAAGAUGUUUCCUGUAUUUUGUGGGAAGAAUUAAUUAUGGGCUUCUUAGGAAACCAGUUCCACUUAGAAGAUGAAAUCUUUGGCGUUGUGCUGUCCAUACGGGUCAAUGAAGAUAUUUUAUCAGUGUGGAACCGAACAGCUAACGAUCAAGUUUUGAUUAUUAAAAUAAGAGAAACUAUUCAAAGGAUUCUUUGCUUUUCCUCGUCAGUUGUAAUGGCGUACAAACGUCACGAUAGAAGCCUUAAGGACUUGACGGCUCUAAAAACUGGCAAGUCUUAA